AUGUGCCGGCCAGCUCUGACCAGGCUGCUGCUUUUCCAUCUGCUCCUGAUCAAGCUGUAUAUCGCCAAAGGCUUCGCGAAGGAGUGCGAAGACGACCAAUUCCAGUGCAGGAACGAGCGCUGCAUCCCUUCCAUUUGGAAAUGCGACGAGGAUGAUGAUUGUUCGGAUAAUAGCGACGAAGCAGAUUGCCCCAAGAAAACCUGUGCUGAAACUGAUUUCACCUGCAACAACGGCCACUGCAUUCCAUCUCGAUGGAAGUGUGAUGGUGAAGAGGAAUGUCCUGAUGGGUCAGAUGAAUCUGAAGCGACUUGCACCAGACAACUGUGCCCAGCCGAAAAAAUCAGCUGUGGAGACUCCAGCAACAAAUGCAUCCCUUCUUCCUGGAGAUGUGAUGGGGAGAGAGACUGUGAGAAUGGAAGUGAUGAGGCUGGCUGCACCAGUGUCUGUUCUUCGAGUGAGUUCCAGUGCAGUAACAAGACCUGCAUAGCUACCAUUUUUGUGUGUGAUGGCGACGAUGACUGUGGCGAUGGGAGUGAUGAGAGGAAGUGUUCGCCACUCACCUGCAGUCCCAAUGAGUUCCAGUGCAACAACAGCCAAUGCAUCCCGGAAGCCUGGGUUUGUGACAACCAGCCUGACUGUGAGGAUCAUUCAGAUGAAUCAAUGGAGAAGUGUGGCUAUAAAAUCAAGCCUCAGCUCCUGAGUACCUGUGCAGCUCAUGAGUUCCGGUGUGGCAAUGGGGAAUGCAUCCACCUCAACUGGAAGUGUGAUGGAGAUGAGGACUGCAAAGACAAAUCAGACGAGCAAGAUUGUCCCUUGGUGACCUGUAGCCCUGAUGAAUUCCAGUGUGGCGAUGGGACCUGCAUCCAUGGAGCAAAACAGUGCAAUAAAGUCCAUGACUGUCCUGACAACAGUGAUGAAGCAGGCUGUGUUAACGAAGCGACGUGCAAGAGUUCCACCAAGUUUCAGUGUAAGAGUGGAGAGUGCAUAGAGGAAGUCAAAGUGUGCGAUUCACAAAGGGACUGCAGGGACUGGUCUGACGAGCCCCUAAAAGCAUGUG